ACAGACAGACAAAACGCCAGUUCCUCUAUUCUUGCGUCAAAAUCGAUAGUUAACUACAAUUGCCGUACAAUCGAGAGCUCCAAUAGCGAACUACGAGAGCGCCUGUAUGUCAGUGCCGAGUAUUGGACUCAACCACCACUUGGCUGCCUGUGCUCUCACCUAUCACUCCAUUCGGCACUCACUGUCAUUGAAAGGGAAAGCACUGGGAGUCUAGAAGUUGGAGAAUAUUAUGGCUCACCCUGUGUUAUGCCUACUGAGUGGCACUGGAGGCUCAAGAAUCGACUGAUCAUACAUUCGCAUGACUACAGCACUCAUCGAAAGGUGGUGUCACUCGUGAGGCCGAGCGGUGGUUGCGUUGAGCGCAUACAGCAGUGCCUGAAAGCUCCUGUAGCUCUAAGAGUAGGGGCCAGUGAUCCCAGUGCUCUCACGCGAGUGGAGAAAAUCAUCGGUGUUUUCGAGUAUAAUAAUAAGUGGUUCUCUCCUGACUUCGAGGGUUCACUACACACCGCUAACCACUGGCGCACCGGUAGGUCGACCACCGCCUCUCUCUCGCAUAGCUAA